GAGAGGCUGAGGGCUGCAGGGCCGGGGCCCGGCGUGGCUGGGAGAGGCGGGGCUCGCCUCUCUUCGUCACUUAGUGCAAAGCCUGGGAGUCUCAGGAGAACAACGGGCUCAUUCAGCGUGUGGCAGCGAGGGGAGAGGCUGCAGAGCGCCAGCCGCAGUCGGGCGAAGGGCACAGAGCAGCAGCAGGUUCCCGCUCCCCCCCUCGGUCCCCGGCCGGAGCCCUGAGAGCAGAUGGCCCCCGGGCAGACGCUCCUCUACCUGUCCCUCUUCCCCUGCCUCGCCUCCGCCUUCAACCUGGACACCGACAACGUGAUCGUGCGGAAAGGGGAGCGGGACAGCCUGUUCGGCUUCUCCCUGGCCAUGCACUGGCAGCUGCAGCCGCAGGACAAGAGACUAUUGCUGGUUGGAGCACCUCGGGAGAGAGGCUUUCCAUCCCAGCAAGCCAACAGAACUGGAGGGUUGUAUAGCUGUGACAUUACAUCCCCAGAGACGCAUUGCACACGUGUCCUCUUUGAUGAGAACGCUGAUCCAGCAACGGAGAGUAAAGAAGACCAGUGGAUGGGUGUAACUGUCCAAAGUCAGGGGCCAGGAGGAAAGGUGGUGACAUGUGCACAUCGCUAUGAGAAAAGGCAGUAUGUAAACACAGUUCAGGAAUCGCGUGAUAUCAUUGGAAGGUGCUACCUGCUGAGUCAGGAUCUCACUAUUAAGGACCCUAAGGAUGAUGAGUCUGCUAUGGAUGGUGGAGAAUGGAGUUUUUGUGAUGGGCGACUGAGGGGCCAUGAGAAAUUUGGUUCAUGUCAGCAAGGUGUAGCUGCUACUUUUACUAGAGACUAUCAUUAUGUUGUAUUUGGUGCACCAGGAACUUAUAACUGGAAAGGGGUGGUUCGUGCAGAGCAAAAGAAUCAAACAUUUUAUGCUUUGGAUAUCUUUGAUGAUGGGCCUUAUGAAGUUGGUAGUGAGAGUCGCCGAGCUGAGAAUCUAGUUCCUGUUCCAGCUAACAGUUAUUUAGGUUUCUCUUUGGACACUGGUAAAGGUAUCGUUUCCCAAGAAGAGACAACUUUUGUAUCAGGUGCACCAAGAGCCAACCACAGUGGAGCUGUUGUUCUGCUGAAAAAAGAUACCCAAAUUCCGAGAGCACUCUCGCUUGUGCAUAUAUUUGAAGGAGAAGGGCUGGCCUCUUCUUUUGGCUAUGAUGUUGCAGUUGUGGACCUCAACAAUGAUGGUUGGCAAGAUAUUGUUGUUGGAGCCCCACAGUAUUUUGACCGAGACGGAGAAAUUGGGGGUGCUGUGUACAUCUACAUUAACCAACAAGGCAGAUGGGAAGGGGUAAAGCCAAUUCGCCUCAAUGGAACCACUGAUUCUAUGUUUGGUAUUGCAGUUGAAAAUAUUGGUGAUAUUAAUCAAGAUGGAUUCCCAGAUAUUGCAGUGGGGGCACCAUAUGAUGAUUUUGGUAAGGUGUUCAUAUAUCAUGGAUCCAAGAAUGGAAUAAAUACAAAGCCAGCACAGAUUCUUGAUGGCAAAAAAUCCAGUGUUCAAUAUUUUGGUUAUUCUGUUACUGGAAAUAUGGAUCUUGAUAGAAACUCCUACCCUGAUAUUGCUGUUGGGUCACUUUCAGAUUCUGUCUCUGUUUACAGAUCUCGGCCUGUUAUAAGCAUUAAGAAAACCAUCAAGAUAUCUCCUGACAAAAUUGACCUGAACAGAAAGUCCUGUCCGAAACCCAGUGGAAUCUGCAUGGAUGUUGAAGCAUGUUUUGAAUAUAUUGCUAACCCCAAGGACUUCAAUCCAAAAAUAAAACUUAACUAUACUUUUGAAGCUGAAAAUGACAGGCGGCGGUUAGGCCUGCCAUCUCGAGUUCAGUUUUCUAAGCAUCUGUCUGAGCAUCUGUCUGAUCAGUUCAUUGGACAUAUAAUUCUAGGAGGACAGAAUAGAAAAGAAUGUGUGAAAACCUCUCUUGUGAUGCAGGAAAAUAUCAAAGAUAAACUACGUCCCAUUCCUGUAUCGGUUGGCGUUAAAAUCAGCGGCUCAGAAUCCAAUUUACCAUCAAAGAGAAGACUAGGAAGAUCACUUCCAGAUCUUGUUCCAAUUCUAAAUUCAAAUGAACCAGAAACAGUGAACUCAGAAGUGCAGUUCUUAAAAGAAGGAUGUGGAGAGGACAACAUAUGUAAUAGCAACCUAAAACUUCAAUACAGAUUCUGUACCAGAGAAGGAAACGAAGGCAGAUUUGCUUAUUUACCAAUUGAGAACAAUGUUCCGGUGCUUGUCCUCAAAGAUCAGAAGGAUAUUGCGCUAGAAAUAACUGUGACAAAUAAUCCAUCAGAUGCAAAAAAUCUCCAAAAAGAUGGUGAAGAUGCCCAUGAAGCUAAACUAGUUGCAACUUUUCCAGAUAGCUUGACCUACUCUUCUUUCAGAGAGCUGAGGGCUUAUCCUGAAAAACAAUUAACUUGUGGUGCCAAUCAAAAUGGUUCUGAAGCAGAGUGUGAACUUGGAAAUCCUUUCAAGAGAAAUUCCAAUGUAACCUUUUAUCUGAUUUUAAGUACAACUAAAGUUAACGUUGACACAACUGAUUUGGAUGUUAAUCUGAAGUUGGAAACAACAAGCAAUCAAGUUAAUUUGGCUCCAAUUACUGCUACAGCUAAAGUGGUUAUUGAAUUGCUUUUGUCACUCACUGGAGUUGCUAAGCCUUCCCAGGUGUAUUUUGGAGGUAAUGUAAUUGGUGAGAGUGCUAUGGAAUCUGAAGAUGAUGUUGGAAAUGUAAUAGAAUAUGAAUUCAGAAUAACUAACUUGGGUAGACCACUUAAAACAUUUGGCACAGCUUCCUUGGACAUCCAGUGGCCAAAAGAAAUCAACAAUGGCAAAUGGCUGCUUUAUUUGAUGAAAGUAGACUCCAAAGAAUUGGCGAAAAUCCCUUGUGAACCUAAAAAUGAAAUAAACUUUUUGCGACUUAAGGAGUCCCAUAGGUCAAGAAGGAAACGUGAAGUUGCAGAGAAGCAGACUAAUAAUGGCAAAAAAAUGUCUUUAUUCUCAGAAAGAAAAUAUAAGACCCUGGACUGUAAUGUGAAUGUACGCUGUGUGAAUAUAAAAUGUCCCUUGCAAGGCUUGGACAGAACGGCAUUGGUUGUACUGCGUUCAAGAUUGUGGAAUAGUACUUUCCUAGAGGAAUAUUCUACACUGAACUAUCUAGAUAUCCUCGUUAGGGCUAAAAUCAGUGUUCCUGCUGCAGCUGAAAACAUUAAGCUCACAAAUGAAGCUGCUCAAGUGCGACUUACUGUCUUUCCUGCAAAGACAGUAGCACUUUAUACAGGAGUGCCUUGGUGGAUCAUCUUGGUGGCUAUUCUUGCUGGAAUACUGAUGCUCGCACUGUUGGUGUUUUUACUAUGGAAGUGUGGUUUCUUCAAGAGAAGUAAGAAAAAUCAUUAUGAUGCCACAUAUCACAAGGCUGAGAUCCAUACUCAGCCAUCUGAUAAAGAGAGGCUUACUUCUGAUGCAUAGUAUUGAUCUACUUCUGUAAUUGUGUGGAUUCUUCCAGCGCUCCAGGUACGAUGACAGUGUCCCCCGAUACCAUGCUGUAAGAAUUCGGAAAGAGGAGCGACAGAUCAAAGAUGGGAAACAUAAAGAGAAUCUUGAGAAAAAACAAUGGAUUACAAAAUGGAAUGAAAAUGAAAGUUACUCAUAGGGAAAAUUUUCCCCCUCAACUCCAAAUUCAGAUUUUAAUAUUUCUUCAUUAAUGGAAUACUGAUGGACUCAGACCUACAUACAAUAUGGACCUAUAUUUUUGAUUGUAGAUAUUUUUACUUAUAUUGAAGCUUUUGUUUUGCACAGCUAAAUUUUAAGAUUGCUUGACCGAUUUAUCUGCAUUAUUUAAACUUCGAGAUAGUCAGAGACAGAGGCAAAAUUGGUGCAUUGAACUGAGCAUUCUAUGAAAUAUGCACAUUUAGUUUAUAAUGAUGUCACAAAAGUCCUUUUCUACAUUCCUAAAGUCAAUGGAUGUGCAAGGAAUGCAGGAUCUGGUCCCAAAUAUAUUUUCCAAACUUCUACCACAAUAUGCAAUCUAUUAUAAACACACUGUAGCCUUGACUCACUUUAUUCAAAUAGAAUUUGGGGAAUCUGUGAAUGUGAUAUUCUAGUCAUAAGAGACUUCAGCUAUGGUAGUUAGGGCUUAACCUAAAGUGUCUUAAAUUAAAUGUGCAAUAGGUCAUGUUGCUAUGUUUCUCACACCAAAUAUACACAGGUUUAAAAAAAAAAAGAGCUUGAAGAUUAGUUGUAUGUUUCUGUAUAUAUUUUAGUAAUUCUUGUAUUUAUUUUUUUUAUCAGCAACCAUUUGUCUUUGACUAAUGAGGCCGAAGACUUUAAGUGAACUUUAAAAUUGAUAUGGAUGUUCUUAAAUAGGAUAUGAAAGUCCAGUUAGACGUGAAGCUUUCACUGCAUUUAAAGAGUGCCAGUGCUUUUUUUAAAAAGUAAAUUUCAAUCACUGACGCAUCCUUGGAAAUAUAAACAUUCAUGCCGGUAGUCUGUGGGGGCAUUUUUUCUUAUUUCUGUUUAUGCAGCAGGGAUUUCGGAAAGAUGUGGACAAAUUGGUGAGAGUCCAGAGGAGAACAACAAAAAUGAAAAUGUUUAGAAAACCUGACUUAUGAGCAACAGGUAUAUAUUACAAAAAAAAAAAAAACAAUCCUGGGCAUGUAUUUAGUUUUGAGAAAAGAAGACUGAGGGGAGAAGGGAGAACCUAAUAAUAGGUCUUCAAAUGUUAAACUCUGUUGUAAAGAGAACAAUGAUUAAUUGUUCUUUGUCUUCUGAAGGCAGGACAAGGAACAAUGGGAUUAAUCACAGCAAGGAAGAUUGAGGUUAGAUAUUAGGAGAAAAAAAAAAAAAACCCACAACCACUUUCUAAUUAUAAGGGUAGUUAAGCUCUGGAAUAAGCUUCCAAGUGAGGCUAUGGAAUCCCCUCAGUGGGGGAUUUUAAGAACACCAGUCAGGCAUGGUCUAGGUUUUACUUGGUCUGGGCUUGACUUCAAGGCCCCUUGCAGCCCUUCAUUUCUAUGACUAAUUAUGUUCCUGUAACACGUGUGUGUUAAUUGAGAAUAUUUAAAUUUUCUUUUGUACAUCCAAAAUGUAUAGGUUUUUCUAUCUAAUUUUUAUACUUAAUACAAAAAGAAAGGUGCUUCUGGAAACAAUUUUCCAGCUCCGUAUGGAUUUCAUGUUGAGAAAAGUGUGUCUACUACUGAAAAUGUUAUAUAGCACUUGAAAGAAAACAUAAGCUCCUAUCUGUCCUUAACAAUGGAUCUGCACUGAUCCCUUUUGAGACUACUGAGUGAUGUCCUAAAUAUAUCUAAAUGUUAAUUGUAAGAAUAGUGACACACUGUUGUGCUGCUCAGUAACCAAUUGUUGUAACAUAAGAGCUAUUUAAAGAGUUUAUUGGUUUUUUUAACCUACAUUCUAAAAUGUUGGUACUAUUUAAAUAAGAAUUAAGAUUUCUUAUUCCAUAUAAAAAAAUACUAAUGAUCUGUGUGCAUAAUUGUUUUGCAUAGGGAUGAGAAUUAUGCAAAAACUUGUAAAAGUAUUUUCUUUACAAGCUGCUGGCUUUACCUUCCCCCAGAAGUCCAUUGUUCUAAUGCAGACUGCUGGGGUGACUGAAGCAAGCAAGACUGGUCAUCAAUUUUGUGGGCGGGUUUUUUGUUUUGUACUACAAUUCAUUUCUUUCAUUCAGUCAGGCUUUCUGAAGCUUUUCUUUAAAAAUGUCAUUUUAGAAGCUGCAUUCUUUUGCUUCAAGGUUAACAGGUCUCAUGUAUAAUUUUCCUCCUCUCCUCCCCCCCAUCAUAUACUUCCAAAAUUACAUUGUGACCCCUGUUCUGCAACAUGUGUGUUUACAUAGCUGUUUACUGCAUACUGCCAGUCUGUCUCCCUAAUGAGAGCUACAGCAGUGUUUAAAAUCCCAGCUCCUUUGCCCAGUGGCUCAAAACCCCAAGAAACUGAGCUCAUCAGUUGCUAAGAAGUGGGAAUUUUGAGACUGUUGCAGCCCUUAUUAAAAUAAAACAUAUGGUUAGGUAUGGGGCACCCUCUUAUUAUAAAGAGCAAAAUAAUAAAUGUCUUGGCAGUGUUAAAUUUAGGACUAUUGAAAAUGUCAUCUCAUGUCAUGUCAUGAGUAUACUAUCCUCUCAUACACACAACUAGUAAUGCUAAAUCAUUCCAGGAUUAGAAAUUACCUGUGGAUAUUUGUAUAAAAGUGUGAUUUUUUUUAAUUAAAAUACACAUUGCCUUGAUAUUGCUACUAUAUUUCUUCCAGGACAAGUUUCUUUUAGCGACUGAAUUGUUAAUUAUGUAACAUAAAAUAAGCAUUAGCAACUGAGUUUCUGUAAGUGGUGCUUAGAUUUCACAGCUCACCAAUGUGUUAUAACUAAAGCCAGCCUGCUCUAUAUGUAAUUUUCAGACGAAUUAAAGUGAGAAAUAGGAACUAUA